AUGUGGGCGUCUGCUCGAAGGCGGCCCUACGAACGCUUUGAUUCGCGAUCCCGAUCCGUACCGCCAACCUCAUUACCCGCCUCAGCCUUGCCGACACAACCGCAACCAGCCUCAAGUUCGGCUGUCUUGCCCUCGUCCAACGGCACGUCAUCAUCGCUAUCGCCCAUCCAGGCCUUCCACAGAUUCGAACAGGCAUGCCAGCGCCUGCGAUGGAAAUACAUCGACCUCCAAACCUCCUACCAGCGCGCCCUGUCCCCACAAGACUACGGCUUCACCCCGCACGACGCCGAAGUCAACUUCAAAGUAGACUUCCACGAGUUCUACGUUCGCAUCGAGCAGGCCAUCGUCUUCGCCCUGCUCGUCUUCGGCAUCACCGUCCCUCGCGGCACCGGCGGCCCGCGGAGCCAAGCGGCGCACACUUACCACCACAACGUGCUCAAGGCGCUGGACGACGAGGACAACCCGCUGCACGGCGCGCUGGGCGGCGGGGACGUCAACCACGCGCUGUGGAAGGCCAAGGAGCUGCGCAACCGGUGGAAGGACGCGGCCGAGGGCAGGGAGACGCCGCCGCUCAAGAUGUACGACCUGACGUGGAUCGUGGGGCAGAUCCUGGGCGGGUUGGAGGUGUCGUACGGGAUCGCGGCGGGGAGGAUCGAGCAGCUGCGGCUGGAGGGGGAUGAGCAGGCGGCGAACGGGGGCGGCGUUGACGAUGGCGAUGGGUGGGAAUGGAUGGUUGAGCCGAUGGAUUGGGAGGCGUGA